UACCCAUAUUACUAAACCUAUAGUGCAUGUCAGUGGUCCCCAUAGAAACGGCAGCCAGAUUUUGCUUGUAUGGCUGUAAUUACAUGUAAACUUAAGUAGUGCACACGCACAUAGACAACCGCACCUACUGUACUUAAUAGAGGAGUGAAGGCACUUGCCUUUGGUUUUAGGGUCAUCGUUAUUGGCUGCUAUGCAAUAUGGGUUGCGGCGCAUCAGCGGACAAGGGAGCAGUGGCGCAUGGAAGUCCUAUGCAGGACUCUGCAGCAGGCUGGGAACAUGUACAGUGUUCGACGUCAGGGCAUGAGCUGUUCCGAAGGCACGGCAUACCACCGGAUGUGGCGAAGACGUUUGUGGAUGAGCUUGGGUUUCACAGAACUGAACACCUGGCCCUUGUUACUGAAGAGGACGUCAGGAAUCUCGAUCUAAAACCAGUCUAUACAAGACUGUUCUUGCGCAUUAUUCAACAUGCAAACAGCAGCCCUGCUCAAUCAGCAAUCUCUGCAUCCCCAAUGGCAACUGCUCCAACGACGGCCAAUGCCACGCCUUCAGCUGCUUCACGAAUUCCUCAGGGGCAGACCACCAAGUCCACAAAACUGAAGGACUGGGUUCAGAAGGGACUUGAAGUGGGCAGCACCUUCCUGGACACCGUCAAGCCCAUGAUCCCAUUCCCUGGUGACGCGGUUGUUGGCUCGCUGGGAGUCUUCAUGGGCCUCGUGGCCAAGGCUAUGGCCAACAAGGAUAACCUUACCAGGCUGCAGGCGCGGGCGGUAGACCUGUACGACCUGAUUGCCGACAGGCACGUGCCACACGUAGCAGCGAUGGUGGUGACUGGCGCUGCAGCAACACAGCAACCCCAGCAACACCAGAAGGUGUCGGACGCGUACAUGAAGCUGAUGAGUCGGUUCAAGGACCUGCUCACGGAGCUUGAGGAGUACGCACGCGAGUUCUCCUCACACAUCUGGCUCUACCGCAUCAUCACCAGCAGCGGCGACCAGCAGCAGUACGAGGACUACGCACAGCAGCUGCGUGACCUGACGAUUGAGGCGCAGUUCGCGGUGUCGGUGAAUGUGGCCGGCAUGACGGAGGAGAUGCGGGCAGCCAUGGAGGAGAUGAAGUUACAGAUGGCUUACAUGGACCACAGCGCUGAGGCGCGUGCUGCCGUGAAGGAUUUGGGGGGGCUGGAUGCCGUGAUGGCAAACGAGGACAAGAUUCAGGCGGUGGCGGAGAAGCUGGACUUGGGGCAGAGGCUGACCAUCAUGAUAGUGAAGCAAGCGCUUGCCGAGGAGGGCAACAUGGGCUUCCAUCGCAUAAUCCGUCACAUGAACCUGCGAGUUUUCUGGCACACUUUCUUCAAGGGGGAAUGGAAAGUUCCCUGGCGCCUGUGGUGGUCGGAGUUCCCGAGUGGUCUGACGGAGGUGUACUUGGAGCCAAGCUACGUCACAGCGUUGUGUGGCGUGUUGGACAGCGAUCAGGCGAAGCAGGCGUUCCAACAACGUGUGGAGCUGGCAGACGCUGAGAACAUCAGCGUGGACGAGCUCAAGCUGGCCUUCCCACGAGACGCCGACCUGCUGCAGCGCGUCCGCCAGCUCACAGGCAGCAGUGGCGACAGCGCUGCUGGCAGGGCCGUAGUGGUCAGCAAUGCACCUGAGCAUGCCAACACGCCGGUGGUACAGCUUGAGGGACCCCCAAGCCAAACCCAGCACGACGCUGUGGCCAAGUGCCGCCUGCCUCCGCUUGACCCGCUCUACACGGGCCGUGACGCCGAUGCAGAGCUGGUGGUGCGGCUGGUGAAGGAGCAAGCCGCAGCCCAACGCGGCGUGUGCCUGCUGGGCGGUGCUGGCCUGGGCAAGUCCAGCCUGGCGGUGGAUGUGGGGUGGAGGCUGGCCAAGGAGGGGGCGUGCCCAGGUGGCGCGUACUUUUGUGACCUGCGUGAGGCGCGGUCCGUGGACGACGUGCUGUUGCGCAUUGUGCUGGCGGUGGGGGGGAGUGUCACCACGGGUGACGACGCUCUUCCCAAGUUGCUUGCAUGGCUGCGCUCCACCUCGGAUAGUUGUGGCGGCGGCGUGUUGCUGGUGGUGGACAACGCCGAGGACGUGCUGCAGGCUGACGGCGGGAGAGGCGCGGGCUUCAGGGACGUCAUGGCCCAGGUGUGCAAGGCUGCAAUGGUGCUGGUCACAUCGCGGGCGCCCAUGGCUGGACCAUCACCAUCUGGUGGUAGCAGCAACAGUAGCUGUGUCGACCACCCGCUAUGUGGCCUUGCUGACGGCUCUGGCCGCCAGCUGAUUGCCUCGCUUUGGGCUGGUGCCUCCCCACUAGCAGCGGCUGAUGUGGACGCCCUGCUGUACAUGUGCCGUGGGGUGCCGCUGCUGCUCCGCACGUGUGCAGAUGCUCUGGCACAUGGCAGAGUCACACUGGCGGUAUUGGAGGCUGCAUCCGCCAACACAAGCAAUAAUGAUAGCGCCGCUGCCCUGCUGCAGCUCACCUUGGCCUCCCUGCCGCUGCCACAACAACUGCUCCUUGUCCAGCUGUCUGUCUUCUCAUCCCAAUUUGAAGAGGAAUCUGUCGCAGUAGUAGUGAACGGUGACAGCAGAGACGUGUCACGCGUUCGUGCGCAGCUUGCAGUGUUGUACAGCCAUGGCCUGGUGGUGCGUAAUGUGGCUCAAAGCACAUACAGCCUGCACAUGGCCGUGCGCACUACUGCUGCGGGGCUGGGAGGCGGGUUGACCUCAGCAGCAACUGUAUCAGGAACAGCCGCGGCGAGUAAAGCCACCGACCAGCAUCAACAGCAACAUCACCAGGAGUUUGCCAAGGCGUUGUUCUAUGCCUGUGAGCGGUUUGUGGGGCACAUCAUGACUGCCUUCACAGAGUGGGGCCAGUUAUAUAUGACACCUGACGCUCUGCUGGCGCUGCGCCUAGCACGGCAGCGUGUGCCAGACUUCUUGACAGCGGUCCAGAUAGCAGCAGCAGAAGCAGCGACAGCACCCAAGCUGUUGGAGCUGGUCUUGCAAUCUGCGACUCGGGAAUUGGAAUCUUUGCUGCUAGAUGUGGGUGGCGUCCUGACGCCCACAUUCAAUGACACCUGGCACAGAUUGGAGGCAGCAGCCAACGCACUGCGUGAUGGUCCCCUAGCACCCUGCCUCGCCAACUUUGACUCCAUGUUGGGUGGAGAGGCCGCACACCGGCGGGCACUGGAGCUGCGCACCAAGGUGCUGGGCGCAGAGCACCCUGACACCAUCAGCUCCAUCAGCAACCUGGCCAGCUGCAUUUACAGCCAAGGCAAGUACAGCGAGGCAGAGCCCAUGUACAAGCAGGCGCUGGAGCUGCACACCAAGGUGCUGGGCGCAGAGCACCCUUCCACCAUCACGUCCCUCAACAACCUGGCCAGAUGCAUUGACAGCCAAGGCAAGUACAGCGAGGCAGAGCCCAUGUACCAGCGGGCGCUGGAGCUGCGCACCAAGGUGCUGGGUGCAGAUCAUCCCAGCACCAGCAUCUCCAUCAACGGCCUGGCCAACUGCAUAUACCGCCAAGGCAAGUACAGCGAGGCAGAGCCCAUGUACCAGCAGGCGCUGGAGCUGCACACCAAGGUGCUGGGCGCAGAGCACCCUUCCACCAUCACGUCCCUCAACAACCUGGCCAGUUGCAUUGACAGACAAGGCAAGUACAGCGAGGCAGAGCCCAUGUACCAGCGGGCGCUGGAGCUGCGCACCAAGGUGCUGGGCGCAGAGCACCCUGACACCAUCAGCACCAUCAACAACCUGGCCAGCUGCAUUGACAGCCAAGGCAAGUACAGCGAGGCAGAGACCAUGUACCAGCAGGCGCUGGAGCUGCGCACCAAGGUGCUGGGCGCAGAGCACCCUGACACCAUCGCGUCCCUCAACAACCUGGCUGGCUGCAUUGACAGCCAAGGCAAGUACAGCGAGGCAGAGCCCAUGUACCAGCAGGCGCUGGAGCUGUGCACCAAGGUGCUGGGCGCUGAGCACCCUUUCACCAUCAUGUCCCUCAACAACCUGGCCAGCUGCAUUGGGAGCCAAGGCAAGUACAGCGAGGCAGAGCCCAUGUACCAGCGGGCGCUGGAGCUGCGCACCAAGGUGCUGGGCGCAGAGCACCCUGACACCAUCAGCUCCAUCAGCAACCUGGCCAGCUGCAUUUACAGCCAAGGCAAGUACAGUGAGGCAGAGCCCAUGUACCAGCGGGCGCUGGAGCUGCGCACCAAGGUGCUGGGCGCAGAGCACCCUGACACCAUCAGCUCCAUCAGCAACCUGGCCAGCUACAUUUACAGCCAAGGCAAGUACAGUGAGGUAGAGCCCAUGUACCAGCAGGCGCUGGAGCUGCGCACCAAGGUGCUGGGCGCAGAGCACCCUUCCACCAUCACGUCCCUCAACAACCUGGCCAGCUGCAUUGGCAACCAAGGCAAGUACAGCGAGGCAGAGCCCAUGUACCAGCAGGCGCUGGAGCUGCGCACCAAGGUGCUGGGCGCAGAGCACCCUGACACCAUCACGUCCCUCAUCAACCUGGCUGGCUGCAUUGGCAACCAAGGCAAGUACAGCGAGGCAGAGCCCAUGUACCAGCAGGCGCUGGAGCUGUGCACCAAGGUGCUGGGCGCUGAGCACCCUUUCACCAUCAUGUCCCUCAUCAACCUGGCUGGCUGCAUUGGGAGCCAAGGCAAGUACAGCGAGGCAGAGCCCAUGUACCAGCGGGCGCGCGCUGGAGCUGCGCACCAAGGUGCUGGGCGCAGAGCACCCUGACACCAUCACGUCCCUCAUCAACCUGGCUGGCUGCAUUGGCAACCAAGGCAAGUACAGCGAGGCAGAGCCCAUGUAUGUACCAGCAGGCGCUGGAGCUGCGCACCAAGGUGGUGGGCGCAGAGCAUCCCAGCACCAUCAGCUCCCUCAACAACCUGGCCAUCUGCAUUAAAAGUCAAGGCAAGUACAGCGAGGCAGAGCCAAUGUACAGGUGUAGCCGACUUAUGGGCUGCUAAGGUCAUUGAUUUUGUAACCGAACUGGGUAUUCCUAGGCCCGUGUAUGGUGACACGCUCGCUUCACCCAGUACUAUAGUGUACUAGGAUUACCCGUUAACGAUUUACGUGUGAAGUAUUGGGAACGCUUGGACUCUAGAUGGUUGACCCCUGAGGUGGAGGUGCCCCCACAGGAGUAUGAAGAGUCCAGGGGUGUUAGGUCAUGCUGCUGUGCCCAGCAGGGGAUGGGACUAGCAUGAAAAGGGGGUGAGCCUGUGGCGUGGCUACCCCACUGCUGGUGUCAUUGUCAGUUAACAAAUUUGCACAUUAACGAUCUACACAUGCUCCUCUGAUGAGGUAAUGGAGCCUAAUUGUUUGUGCAGCCCUGUACGUGCAUUGUACGAUGGCGGCACCUGUUGCACUGCACUGGCAAUGGCGGUGCUUAGCAUGCGUGUGCUCUUAGUUCCCUUUCCUUUUCCCCGUUGUUUGGUGGGGGCUACUUUCAGUGGCCACAAUGACCUGCCUGCCGUCACUUCUGGGUUCGACAGCACACGCAAGGUAAAGCUUUAUCACCAGUGUACGGUAUAUGGUUACAAGUAUGGCAGAAGGAUUGGUGUUGCGUGUGUGUGUUCCUGGUGCCGCCUUUUGCAUGGCAGUGUCUAGCAUCCAUACUUUGGAACACGCUGUUUGGUGGGGGCUGUUUAUGGCGGCCACAAUGAGGCAUGUUUCAACUCCUGGUGCUGCUGUUUGGUGUGUGGGUGCUCCGGAUCAAUGUGAUGUGGUAGUGCGGUCAAGCAUGGGUGCUGUUGUUUCUAGUUUUGGACUGUUAGACAUUUAAGGCCGAGACACAUUUACAGUGUUAAACAACACU